CACAGCAAACAAACAUGGCGGUGUUUCGGAAGGAUCCGUGCGGAAUCAUAUGCCUUAUUAUUACCUAUUCCGCGGUAUUAUAUGCGGAUUAUGUUGUAGUUCAGUGGCUUAUUCUUCCAACAAUGGCAAUGAGUGUCAGUGGUUACUUCCAUGCAGUUGCAUUCAACCUCAUAGUGUUUCUUCUUAUUACCUCUCAUGUACGAGCAGUGAUAGCUGAUCCAGGAAUCGUUCCAUUGCCGGCAGCUGCUAUUGAUUUUUCUGAUAUGAGGUUUGGUGUAAUUCCAAAGAACAUUUUAUCUCAGGAUGGUGAAAAUUGGAGUAUAUGUCAGAAGUGCGAGGCAUAUCGACCACCUAGAGCACACCACUGCAGAAUCUGCCAAAGGUGUAUUCGUAAAAUGGAUCACCAUUGUCCAUGGAUUAAUAAUUGCGUUGGUGAAUUUAAUCAGAAAUUUUUUAUACAAUUCUUGUUUUAUGUUGGUCUCGCUGCAGUUUAUUCAAUUGUUCUCAUUAUUCUAUGUUGGACAACAACUUCAUCUAAACACCUUAAGUUUCCUGAACACAAUGCCAAAGUAGCACACACGAUUGUUUUAAUUGUGGAAAGUAUUCUGUUUGGUCUGUUUGUUUGUGCAAUAGGCUGUGAUCAAAUAUCAGCCAUUUUAGAAGAUGAAACAGCAGUUGAACAAGUCAAGCGGAACAAGGGUUCAAGACAUCAGGUUGAGAAAAGUAGAACAGAACUUUUGAAGGAAGUAUUUGGAAGAGGUUCAAGAUUAUGUUGGUUGUGUCCAUUCUCAACUGGUCGUUUCCCCACUAUUACUCCUCCCAACUUCACCCAAGAAGUAUGAUCAACCAAUCAUGAACAACUAUUAAUGCAAGUCAGCCAAUCAGUCCCUGUGCAGUUCAACCGCAAAACGUGUCUGUAUGAAUUUGUUUUAUCCACAUCGAAAGAGAGGAGGACAAGUCUGCAAGGCAACAUAUGUAUAUCAUCAUGAUCACUCCAGUCUGUUUUUAUUCUGGUGGUCCGAUUCAGAUAAUAAUUAGUACUAAAACAUAUUGUGACCAAAGUAUGAUCUCUUCGUUAGUAUUGAGUAAAAAAAAAUGUUUUUCUUUCUUUCUUUCAUGGAAAUAUUAGAAUCUUUAAUAAUUAGUAGAAUUUUGAUGAAAAGUUGUAGGGUCUUCUGUGAGUGUGCGUGCCUUAGAUAUGUGUGUGCGUGCUUCAGGUGUAUGUUCAUGCAUCGUGUGUGUGCGCCUCAUAUGUAUGUGUGUGCCCCACAUGUGUGUGCGUGCCUCAGAUGUAUGUGCGUGUCUCAGAUGUACAGUAUGUGUGUGCCUCAGAUGUAUGUGUGUGCCUCUGGUGUAUGUGCGUGCCUCAGACAUGUGUGUGUUUCACACGUAUGUGCGUGCCUCAGACAUAUGUGCUUGACUCAGAUAUAUGUGUGUGCUUCACAUGAAUGUGCGUGCCUCAUUUGUACAAAGGUAAACAAAACGUGCCUAUAUGAUUAUAAUCAUCUGAUGAAUUUAUAUAGUUGCAAUGACAUAUUUGGGACCAUGGGAUGUAUUUUAGGGCCAUUUAUAGUUUGAUGCAAGUAUUCCAAGACCAUGUAAAAUCCCUGAUCUCUACUAUAAUAGCUGGAUGGCUCAUCGGCCAAUCAUGGUACAGUAAAAACUGAAACAUAAACGUCUCAUGUGUUUUAAGGAGUGGAGUUGUUUAUGAUCGUGAGUAGAAAUCAUGUUGCCGUGACGGGAAUUGAACCCAGGACCCUUGGAUUGGAAGGCAAACUAAUUAACUCCACUCCCCAUUUAUAAAGUGAUAUUUCAAGUUAUGCGAAAAUAUUUUAUAUAAUUUAAGCAAUUUGUAAUCAUGCAAGGUUUAGGGAUCAUGUGAUUUAAUUUUAGUUGGUGUGAAUACUGUGAUUUUACUAAUUCUAAUGUCUAGCUAGAAAACUGUGUUAUUCCGCAUAUCAGUUUAUGAUUAUGACUUUGAAUCUACUGUAUAUGGACCAAGUGACUUAAAUUUGCUUUAAGAAUGUUUAAUCGAAAAGCUGCAUAAAAUAAGCUACAUUAGUGCUGCACAAUUAUCAUUUUUUGCCAUCAUUAUAAUCGUCGUCAUCGUCGUCGUCAUCAUCAUAAUCACCAACACCACCUCAACUAUCAGCAUCAUCAUCUUCAUUAUCAUCAUCACCAUCACCACAUCAUCAUCAUAACCGUCAUCAUCUUCUUCUUAUAGUCAUCAUCAUCAUGAUCCUCUUUAUUUAUCUUCAUUUUCAUCGUCAUUGUCAUCCACUACAAUUAUCACCAUUAUUAUAAUUAAAUAUUUAUGGUUUAAAAUUUUUUAGUGUUUGUGUAAAAUAGCAAUAGCAAGCAAUUCUUAAAUUAUAUUAUAUUAACAUUAUUUAAUUCUUAUGUUUUAUAGAUUGAAAUUGUAUUUGAUUUUGACUAACAUGGUAUCAAUAAUUUUUAUCAUUAAUUAAUUAAACUAUAUUUAGUGUGUACAUAUCUGUAAAAAAUAAAAGUUAGGAUGGGAACUAACAGGUUGAUGUACAUAUUUUUAUAUCACUUCUUGUUUAUAUUUAGUAUGAUACUGUAUAAUCUAUAUGGUAAUAUAAUACAGUAAUUUAUUAUUCUAAAUGUGGAAUAUUUGUUUUAAAAUGAAAUUUUUUUGUUUUAAGAAGUAAAAAUAACACCAAAGAAUUCAUAAUCCUGACUUUUAUCAUAAAUUCAUAAUUAUGUUUAGAAAAUAAAAAGUAAUAUUGUAUAUUAAUCAUAAUAAUGACGGAUUAUGUAGAUCUUUGUACUAUGUCAUACAUAAUAUUAUUGUUUUUGAAAAUGAAAGACGAAUUAAAAGGCAUUUGUCCUUCUAAAUGAAAA